AGCGAAAGUGGUCUUGACUCUUGGUAUUGGCAACUGCGAAGCAAACUGUCAGUUUAUCGCAUGAUUCUGUCAAAGUAGGUAGACUGUUUACGUUUUGUAUCGUUAUUUUGCGAUCGUUUUGCACAACUUUUGUUAUAUCGUAUUGUUUUUAUGAUAACGCUUUUACUUCGACUCUUUAAUGGUGGAUUAUAUAUGUGAUAUUUCGUUGAGUUUCUUUAAACAAUGUCAGAUGUCAAGAGGUGAAUAGGCUGUGUUUUGUGUUCUAACGUGUUAGUGACAGUUUUUAUAUUGUUUGGGAUUUGGUGCGAUAAACAAAUCGGUGCUUAAUUUUAAUCAACUGGAAAACGCAACAAACAGUCCACUUACAGAUGAUGACAGUGCUGGCGUCGGUGUAACACGCGUGUGAUUUGAGAACAUACGACCUGGACAUUCUGAAUGACUGUCAGCUGACGGCCGGUGGUACAAAGCGCGGUCGCGUGUGUGUGUGUGCGCGACAGAUGCGGUUGUGAGUGUGUGAGCGAGUGCAUUUGUCAUGGUAAGGUCAUGGCGCGCGCUGGCGCUGCUGGCGGCGCUGGUGGCGCUGGCGGGCCCGGGGCGGGGCGAGCGGGAGGCGCUCUAUCACAACCAGUUCGCGGUGCACGUGCCGGCCGGGCCCGAGCACGUGGAUGACAUCGCAAGAAGACACGGAUACGUCAAUCAUGGACAGAUUGGCUCGUUGAAGCAUUAUUAUCUAUUAUCACAUCACGAAGUGAGGAAACGGUCUCUGGAGCCGAGUCACGAGCAUCAUCAGAAGUUAAAUGAUGAACCACAGGUGCGAUGGUUCGAACAGCAGAAAGAGAAGAGAAGAUACAAGCGUGAUUACAACCCGUAUGACCGGGCGGCGUUCUCACAACUCUCCCGUCGGCUGCCGACCCACAGGACCCACCACCGGGCGCUCACCGGGUCACCAUUCUUCCCCGAUCCACUGUUCAAAGAACAAUGGUAUCUGGUAAGGAAUGGCGGUGCAAAGGACGGAUUGGACAUGAACGUGGCAACGGCUUGGCAGAAAGGAUACACCGGCAAAGGCGUUGUGGUAUCCAUCCUAGAUGACGGCAUACAGACCAACCAUCCAGAUCUGGCGCAGAAUUAUGACCCGCUGGCGUCGACCGACAUCAACGGGAAUGACGACGAUCCGAUGCCGCAGGACAACGGCGACAACAAGCACGGCACGAGGUGUGCUGGUGAAGUGGCGGCUGUUGCUUACAACCAGUACUGCGGUGUUGGUAUCGCGUACAACGCAAGCAUAGGAGGUGUUCGAAUGUUGGACGGCGUGGUGAAUGAUGCGGUGGAGGCUAGGGCCCUGGGGCUCAACCCGGACCACAUCGAUAUCUACAGCGCCUCGUGGGGACCCGAGGACGAUGGCAAGACGGUUGAUGGACCUGGGCCGUUAGCAAGGAGGGCUUUCAUCUACGGAGUCACGAGUGGUCGUCGCGGCAAAGGAUCGAUCUUUGUGUGGGCAUCAGGCAACGGAGGCAGGCACACGGAUUCUUGCAACUGCGACGGUUACACCAACAGCAUUUUCACUUUAUCAAUAUCUAGUGCCACACAAGGAGGAUACAAACCUUGGUACCUAGAAGAAUGCUCUUCUACACUGGCCACGACGUACAGUUCUGGCACUCCCGGCCACGAUAAAAGCGUUGCCACAGUCGACAUGGAUGGUAGACUAAGAGCAGAUCACAUUUGCACUGUAGAACAUACUGGAACUUCUGCCUCAGCUCCUUUAGCAGCUGGUAUCUGCGCUCUUGCGUUAGAAGCCAACCCCGAACUAACUUGGAGAGACAUGCAAUAUUUAGUGGUAUUGACAUCUCGUCCUGGACCACUGGAAAAGGAAGGCGGCUGGACCAUUAACGGAGUUAAGAGAAAAGUGAGCCACAAGUUCGGUUACGGUCUGAUGGAUGCCACUGAAAUGGUCAAUUUAGCUGAACAGUGGGUAUCUGUACCGCCCCAGCAUAUUUGUAAGUCGCAAGAAAUAAAUGAAGAUAAGACCAUCGAGUCGAAAUUUGGCUACACUCUUACCACGCACAUGGAUGUCAAUGGCUGCAGUGGUACUGUCAACGAAGUGCGCUAUCUUGAACACGUUCAGUGCAAGAUCUCAUUGAGAUUUUUCCCUCGUGGGAAUCUUCGUAUUCUUCUCACUUCUCCUAUGGGCACUAUAUCUACGCUACUAUUUGAAAGGCCACGUGAUGUUGUCAGCUCCAACUUUGAUGACUGGCCAUUCCUAAGUGUCCAUUUCUGGGGAGAACACGCAGAAGGUAGAUGGAAAUUGGAAAUCGUAAACGCUGGAAACAGACACGUGAACCAACCAGGCAUACUCAAAAAAUGGCAACUCAUAUUCUACGGUACAUCAGUUGACCCGAUAAGAUUGCGAUCGAAAAGGCCGUCCCCUUUAGCGCCUCCUUUUUCUUUUCCCACCGCAGUAGACGGUUAUGAUUCGAUCGGUGAUUCUUUUUACAAUACUGACGCGUUCGCCAACUAUCAAAACUUUCCUAGUUUAUUCGCCGCCGGAUCUGAUCCGGAAAAGGCGGUAGCCCGUCUCGACGGACAUAACGUCCCUUCACCGCAUGGGGAGAAUGUCCUCGCCGAUAGUAAUGACAGGCGCGUCAUACACGAAUGUGAUCCCGAAUGCGAUUCCCAAGGAUGCUAUGGAAAAGGACCUACGCAGUGCAUUGCAUGUAAGCACUAUAGACUUGAUGAUGCCUGCGUUUCGAGAUGCCCACCGAGAAGUUAUGCCAAUCAAGGAGGAGUGUGUUGGCCAUGUCAUGAGUCUUGCGAGACUUGCGUGGGUCCGGGACAGGACUCCUGCUUGACUUGCGCGCCAGCACAUAUGCUAGUAGCUGAUUUAGCUGUAUGCUUGCAACAAUGCCCGGACGGUUACUGGGAAGACACUGAAUCGUCGACUUGCCGGCCGUGCGCCGCUCACUGCGCCACAUGCUCGGAGCGAGCUGAUGCGUGCACGUCCUGCGAGCAUCACCUGCUGUUACACGAGGGCAGUUGUCUGGCUUCCUGUCCCACUUCACACUACGAGACUGAAGACUACUCAUGUGCUAAGUGUCAUGAGUCGUGCGACACUUGUGAAGGGCCGAGGGACGACCAGUGCGUGACCUGUCACCCGUCAAAUUACGCACUUGAAGGGCGCUGCGUCGCCACCUGUCCCAGCGGACAUUACGCCGAUAAAAAACGAAAGGAAUGUAUGAGGUGUGCAGUAGGCUGCGAUACUUGCACGACAGCAUUCUGCCUCACUUGCCAGCCAAACUGGGAGCUGAACAAGAAAGACAAAUGUGUGCCAGUCGGCUCGGCCAGGUGCACGCCAGGCGAGUACAGCGACGGACAGACCUGCAGGAAAUGUCACAGUGAAUGCGAAUCGUGUUUCGGUGAUACGGAGAAUCAUUGCUUGACUUGCCAGGCGCCUAACUUGCUUCAGGACUACAGAUGUGAGUCGGAGUGCAGCCGCGGGUACUACGCGGAGGCGGGGCGCUGCGCGCGCUGCGUGCGCGGCUGCAGCGACUGCGUGUCGCGCCUCAACUGCACCGCCUGCGCCGGCGCGCUGCGGCUGCAGUCCGGCGCCUGCAGGACCGCCUGUGCGGACGGGUACUAUGCGGAUCGCAGCACUUGUUCCAAGUGCUACCUCGCGUGUCGUACCUGCAUCGGUCCUCGGAGGGAUCAGUGCGCGUCCUGCCCUCCCGGGUGGAGGCUCGCCGCCGGGGAGUGCCAUCCCGAGUGUCCUCAAGGCUUCUACCAGAGUCCGGACGGAUGCCGCCAUUGCCACCACUACUGCCGCGAGUGUUCCGGCUCGGGCCCGCUCCAUUGCACGUCGUGUCCGCAGCGGUUCAUGCUAGACGGCGGGCUGUGUAUGGAGUGCCUCGGCUCGCAGUACUACGACGCGAGCAAUGGAACGUGUAGAUCGUGUGACGCGUCGUGUAAGACGUGCUCCGGCCCGGGAGAAUUUAGUUGUACAGGGUGCUCGCGGCCUUUGAGGUUGGACAGAUUGAACAAUCAGUGCGUGCCGUGCUGUGCGGAGAGAGGGACGGCGAACUCCACGCCGGCAAACGACUGCUGCCAUUGUCAUCCCGAAAGUGGGGAGUGUAUAAACUCUUCGGUGGCGGGUAAGCGUCGCAUCGCGGAGUGGGGCGCGCUACACACCGAGUACAGCUCGCGCGCGGCGCCGAGCGUCGCGAUCGUAGUCGUGGCGGUGUGUGUGGCGGCCGCGGCGCUGUUCUUCGUUGUUCUCUCUGUGCUGCAGUGGCGAAAACCACGUGAAAAGAAUUCGCGUGCCCGCGGCAUCGUCUACUCACCGCUAGCGUACACAGACGAUGGUGAAGUAACAGUACUGACGUCACACACCGCGUUCCCCGUACGCGAGAAAGAGAUAGACGCGAAUGCGACCGAGAUGCAACACGAACACGAACCGCUCCUCGAACAUUCCACAUAGCGCACGCUGUGAUUAUAGACGUAAGUUGGAUGUGAACUUUAUAUCAAUGUUUUUAAGGUGCGAUUUCGAACACAAUUGUAGUAACAAACUUAAGUCACCAUUAGUUCUAUGAUUUUUAUGACUAAAAUAUUAUAUUAUCGGAUAUCACAUCGAAUAUUUACUUACUAUUUUAAUGUAAGCGAUAUGCGGCUACAAUAGUGUUUGGAACCGUACCUUUACCGUAAUGUGCAGUAACUCAGUUGAAUUGAAAAUUGGUUCCUGGUUAUUAAUAAAGGCAGCUAAAUUGACUAAUGAACUCAAUAAUUACCACCGACGUUACAUAGUAAUAGAGAAUAUUAAUUAGUGAUGAUCAAAGUGCCAGAUGGGAAGAUAAUUUAUGGUUAUCUAAUGUAUUCAAAUGUAAUAUCUCUUUCAUUGAAUGAAAAUCGAAAACGAAUGCCAGAGGAUUAAAAUAUUACCUAUUACAUUAUCGAUAACUAAAAAAUAUUAGUAACAAUAUAUUAAUCAAUAACCUUAAUCGAGAUUUAGUCGUUAAUUAGAAAAUGGACUCAUUAAUCCUAAUAAUUUCGUAUUGAAACCUUUUUACGUAUUGAUAAGGUUCAAAAUGAGUUACUGUACUUACGUAUAUUUUAUGGAUCUACAAUAAUUCUAAAGUAUUGCCAAUCAUUUUUGGUCACAGCCAAAUACGUAUUGCAUGUCGACAAAAGGACCUUUUAAACGUGUAUGCCCGUUAUUGUCUAUAAUAAUGUUAGAGUGCAUAAGAUUACCGUUAUGUUUUGUCCUUGUCACUCUCUGUACAGAAAAGAGAGAUGAAAGAUUUCUGCAUGUUCUUAAUUUCGAAAAAGACAAUUAGUUCUAUUGUUUGAAUUAUUACGAAACUUUCUUUACUAUAUACUACGAUUCUUCCGACUAUUUUGUAUUUGCGAUUUAUUUUUUCGAUAUAAUGCUUAUUGCUGGCAACAUUCAGUUUUGAAAGCGUCAGUUAAUAUUAACAUGUAUUCAAUGUGCAAUACUGCCAUCACAAACAUGUGUAACGUAAAAAUAUUUUUAAAACGAUUUAUGACUUUCCAAAUUACAGUACGGCGAGUCAAGUUUGGUCUGAAGAUAGGCGUUUCUUGCAUUGUCUAUUCUUGUCGCCAUUUUCAAUAAGACAAUAGCCCGUGACCAACUUCAGACUGUUUAACUUAGACCAUUCGUACUGUUAUUGUAUUUGUUGUUCAAAGCGAGGAGUCAACUGUUUGUGACAUGACCGCUAUUUUAUAAUGUAAUAUAGCUAGUUGUAAAUUGUAAGUUUGAACAAAAAAUGUUUCGAUUAACGACGAGGUGGCGCGCCACGGUCGUUCGUUUGUGAUACUGGGACGUUUAGUGCUAAUUUCGUGGUCUUGUUUGCUGAUAUUUUUAAUCUGUGCCCCUCUGGUGUUUACUGAGCUUUUUCUUUAGCGGUUAGAGGGCGCACCGGGGAAAGGGUAUAGCAGUUUGCAAUAUUAAUAUCUGAGCUAAGUAAUGAGUUCGCAAAGAACAUUAUUUUCGCCAAGUUGUGCUAUAUAAACGUAUAAGAGCUUGGAGAAUGGUCGUGAAUUAGUCCCAUUUUAAUUUGUUCUGCUUUUUAUGGGUUCAUUCCUUCUGAGGAAAGUGGAGCGCUCGGUAACUGGGGGUUUCUUUUGCUUAUCAUAUUCCAUUGUGCUGUAAACGUUUUUGGUGCACAAAAGGCUCACUCCUAUACAUAAAUGGUCAACUUUUAUCGAGUCGAGAUCUUUGUAAUUAAAUCUCUUGAGUGCUUUUCUUUGUUGGUUCUUGUGUUUUAAUAUCGCGUGACAUCAGCAAACGAGGCCACAGUCAAGUCAUUGAUAAGUCAAGCCAUAGUCAAUGCCACAUGUUCUACGUAGACACGCGCUCCCCUACACUGACAGGCUCUCUUGUGACGUCACAACCACACUUGUAUCGUAUAUAUUUAAUCGUAAUUAGUCGAUAGGUUCAACAGUUACCAAUAGAAUAAAAAAAUAAAUUGUACAAUUUAAUUCGAACAUUAUCAAUUUUGACAAUAGUCGAUUUUUAUUUAGGUGAAAAUUUUCAUAGAUAGUUUUUAUAAUUAUUAAUUCGUGGCUUGUCAUAAUUUACAUUUUAUACAUAAGUAGUGAAGCUCUUUCAUUUAGUUUAAUAUUAAACAUAAUUAGUUAUGAAAAUUAUACAUUUAUUUUUCCGCAUCUAUCGGUCGCGGUAUAGGUUAUAGAUUUUGAUUUGUAUUUAAACGAAUGAAAUUGUCACAAAUUUUAAACGUUCAAGUAUUGUAUAAAGUCUCAAAAUAUACUAUUUUAUAUUUGAAAUAAUGUCAGAUAUAAUAAUAAUUAUAUUGUGAUAAUAACUGUAAAGGCACGCGCCGUGGCAAUUUAGCCGCAUUAAUUUAUAUCCGAAGUCAAAGACGAAGUGUUACCAUAUACCAUCACAAAUGUAUAUAAAAGUUAGGUAGAUUGUUGAAUUGUUAAUGAAUAGAUAAAGAGUAUCGUCAAAUCCUAUUUGACGUAAACUAAAUGCGAGUAAGCAAUCGUUAUCAAAUUAUACGUCCGAUUAUGUAAAGUUUAUUAAUCGAUUAAAUGUUUAUCGAUUGAUUUAUGUUUUGACCUCUCAAACGCGUACUAUACGAGUGUUAUUGACGGUUGAAUUCAAAUCGAUUUUACUCGAUACUCGUGCUGAAUGAAACAAUUGAAUUCCAAUUAAUCGAUUCGGCCCAUCGGCGUUUGAGAGGAAUUGAUUAUACAAUUUGUCGUUUAUGUUUCAAGUUUCGUCAAUUAAAAACAAAUACAUAAUAAUAUGACGUAAUUUAUUGUGAAACGUAAAUUUUGAAUUAAUUAACUGAGUAUAUUAGAUUUAAUGGAAAA